GCUCUAGCCGCGCGACUCGGUGUCGCGAGGGGUGGGGGCGUGGCCUGCCGUGGAGGUUCUCGGGUGACCGAGGCUCCGCUGGACCCGGGUGCGAGCUCCGCGGCGUCCCGACACGGAGGCUGCGCGCGGCUGAGCCUGUGCGCCCGCCCGGGCCUGCCGGUCGCCGCUGUCGUCGUCACCGCGCCCCGGGCCGGAGGAUGCCCAGGAAGCUGCUGCUGCCGUCCCGGUUGUCAGCUUGCUCGUCCCUCCGCGUCCCGCGGGCCCGCCCCACAGCCCCGCCGGCCAUGAACGCCGCCCGCACCGGCUACCGAGUCUUCUCGGCCAACUCCACGGCCGCCUGCACGGAGCUGGCUAAGCGCAUCACCGAGCGUCUUGGUGCUGAAUUGGGGAAAUCUGUUGUAUAUCAGGAGACCAAUGGAGAAACAAGAGUUGAAAUCAAAGAGUCUGUUCGUGGCCAAGAUAUUUUCAUAAUACAGACAAUACCCAGAGAUGUGAAUACAGCGGUGAUGGAGUUACUGAUUAUGGCGUACGCACUGAAGACUGCCUGUGCCAGGAAUAUCAUCGGCGUCAUCCCCUACUUCCCCUACAGCAAGCAAAGCAAGAUGAGGAAGAGGGGCUCCAUCGUGUGCAAGCUCCUGGCAUCCAUGCUGGCAAAAGCUGGUUUAACUCACAUUAUCACUAUGGAUCUUCACCAAAAGGAAAUACAAGGCUUUUUCAGCUUUCCCGUGGACAACCUUAGAGCCUCACCUUUCCUGCUUCAGUAUAUCCAGGAAGAAAUUCCAAAUUACAGAAACGCAGUCAUUGUAGCUAAGUCUCCUGACGCUGCAAAAAGGGCUCAGUCCUAUGCUGAGAGACUGCGCCUGGGGCUGGCUGUGAUCCACGGAGAAGCUCAGUGCACAGAGCUGGACAUGGAUGAUGGUCGGCACUCACCCCCCAUGGUCAAGAACGCUACUGUCCACCCAGGCCUGGAGCUACCCCUGAUGAUGGCCAAAGAGAAGCCACCAAUAACAGUGGUCGGAGACGUCGGAGGGCGCAUUGCAAUCAUAGUGGAUGACAUUAUUGAUGACGUGGAGAGCUUUGUAGCUGCUGCAGAGAUCCUGAAAGAAAGAGGUGCCUACAAGAUCUAUGUCAUGGCCACGCACGGCAUCCUGAGUGCUGAAGCGCCCCGGCUGAUUGAGGAGUCCUCCAUUGAUGAGGUGGUGGUUACGAACACUGUCCCUCACGAGCUGCAGAAGUUGCAGUGUCCCAAGAUAAAGACUGUGGACAUCAGUUUGAUUCUUUCUGAGGCAAUUCGGAGAAUCCAUAACGGCGAGUCUAUGGCUUACCUCUUCCGGAACAUCACAGUGGAUGACUAGCCUGGCGCUCCCUUGACCCUGGACCUCCAGAGGAGACCCGCACAGCAGUGUCAGC